UCGAGGGCUCCUCCUAUAUUCUCGUUUGAAUUAUCUCUCAGUAUUGAAUAUAAACUGAUGAAAUCGAGGGCGAGGGAUGACGUCAUCACCGCCGUGAGCUGAUCUCCGUUAACCGCACCACCCGUCGUUGUAUAGAACCGCCGCAGCCUGCGAACCUACGCUUCCUCCACCGAGUCAGUAAGCGAGCGCCAUUCCUCGAACAGUUUCGCAGAUUAACAAUGAGGUCGAGCCUCUUCAGCCGCCGGACGAUUAGGCAGGGAGCGAUCUCCGCCGUCGGAUCGGCGAAGAUGAAGCUAUUGUUCGGCUGCUGCAUGCUGCUCACACUGAUCAUGCUCGCUAGCCGUACAGCAGCGCCGUAUGGCGGAUGGAAUCGAUACGAUGUUUCUCCGCGCGGAUCCUCUCUGCCUCGGAAAGGGUACACCUUACUGAUUAACACAUGGAAAAGAAAUGAUCUUCUAAAGAAAUCCAUAUCCCAUUAUGCAUCCUGUCCUGGGCUUGAUUCUAUACAUAUUGUUUGGAGUGAACCCAACCCUCCUUUAAAGUCUCUUAUCAAGUUUCUAAAUCAUGCUAUAAAGGUUAAUUCCAAAGAUGGCCGGGAUAUUGAAUUGAGAUUUGAUAUUAAUAAGGAAGACAGCUUAAAUAACAGAUUUAAAGAAAUCAAGGAUUUGAAGUCUGAUGUGGUCUUCUCAAUUGAUGAUGACAUUAUAUUCCCCUGCGCGACCGUGGAAUUUGCUUUCAGUGUUUGGCAAAGUGCACCUGAUGCAAUGGUGGGAUUUGUGCCUCGCAUUCACUGGGUUGAUAAAUCGUAUAAUGGCCAGGCCGCGUACAUCUAUAGCGGAUGGUGGUCUGUCUGGUGGACAGGAACAUAUAGCAUGAUUCUCUCCAAGGCUGCCUUCUUUCAUAAGAAAUACCUCAGUAUGUACACUAAUGAGAUGCCGUCAUCCAUUCGAGAAUAUGUGACCAAGAACAGGAAUUGUGAAGAUAUAGCUAUGUCUUUCCUUGUCGCAAAUGCCACCGGUGCUCCUCCUAUUUGGGUGAAAGGUAACAUCUUCGAGAUUGGUUCUAGUGGAAUUAGUAGCUUGGGAGGGCACAUUGAGAGAAGAAGCGAGUGCGUUAACCACUUUGUGGGUGAAUACAGGGGCAUGCCCUUGGUGCCCACUUCAGUCAAGGCCGUAGAUAGCCAUUACACUUGGUUCUGGUAGUUAUGCUGCACACCAUAUUCCUCUCAGUUCAUGCUAGUUCCCACAGUUGAGGUCUUGUAUUUCAAUGAUAGAAACAGAAUAUGCUCAUAUUUUGACCCUAGCUUCUUCCUCACCCUUUUUGUUCUCUAAAAUGUUGUAUCAUUAAGUUGGUUUCAAAUCGACCUAGUAGGUACUUUGUAGUGGUGUAGAGUCUUGAAUUUACAUUCAAAUCGGCAUAUUUUAGGGCUCGACGAUGAAGCUUAUCCCCCAUCGUCUCACUGGCCGACCUUGGCCGUUGUUAUUUAGAGGUCAUAUCUAGUAUUCGGAAGUUCAAUGUACAAAACUGUCGUUUCAUUUCGCUUGUUUCGAGUUUUCAUUCUUUCGUUACCGUACAAAUACUCUAUCCAUAAUCACUUUUUAUUUAUUCAUAAUUAAUUUUUUCUUUAAUA